AAGACCGCACAUGUACUGUCAACGAAACGUCGCGCGCCUCUCUGUACACACGUUGACAUCUCCGCUCGUGUGAUUCGACCCCGGGAAUAGUUACGAAAACGAAGAAUCGCGAUCCUCUGAUUACGAUUAAAAAAUACAACUACGGCAAAAGGUCAUGUGCCAGUGGUGCGAUGUGAGCGAGUGCAACGGACGCGAUCGGUAAAACGAAGCAAUAUCGUCUCGAAGGGUGUCGAAAGAAAACGAAGAAGAGGAAGAGGCAGAGGGAGGGUGAGAGGGAGAGAAAGAGUCAGAGAGGAGCAAAGCGGGUAGGUUGACUUGGCGGUGUUGCGGUGACCCAGUGGAGAUACAGCCAUCUGCGCAAUGAUUGUGCAGAGGUGCUUCACACCGACCACGGUACUCGUCGUAUUGACGUUGUUAGGCGGAUUCGAUGGGAACGCGGCUGAACGAUGGUCACGACAGGUAUCCAACAGCGAGUGGAUCCCGUUGGCGAACCCGAGGGCCACUUCCGAUCAGGUGUUGCAGGGCAACGCCGGAAGCGGCCUGCUGCCCAGCGGCAUGCACCUAUCAAAUCCGACCCAAUCGCUCGCGUUACCGCCUGUCCUUCAGCAACAGUAUCAGGAACAGUUGAUACAGUUGCAAAAAACGCAAGAGAGCAUUCAAAAACUAUUGCUGUUGCAGCAACAGCUCAGGGCUCAACAACAAGUUCUUCAGUCUCAGACAUUCCUGCCGAGUGGUUUCAGUAACAACAAGAAGCAAAGGCUACUACCGAGCUCGUUGGGCAAUUUGCAAACGGCACCCGAACUUUUAGUUCCGCCGCAGCCUUCUUCGGAGGCUCUUCCCCCCAUAUACCCUCCACAAGAUUUCCUGACUCAUAGACCUGAGCAGGUGCGUCAACCGAGUCAUCAUGAUCCAAAUUUAGAUGCUCAUCGAGAACUGGCGAGUUUGCCAGUCCAAGGCCAAGUUGCGUUGCAACACGGUGAGGAUGUAAACGUAGAGGAUUCGCGAGAAGGUCUACAUAGCUAUGUGACGAAACAAGGUCAAAGACCCGGAGAAAAACGUCUAAGGACACAACUAAGCCCAGAACUACCCCAACUCCCUCUGAUUGAAGGUACCGGGGACGAGGAAGAGGAGGUGCAGCUGGUAUACGUUCCGGCAGAGACGCUAGCGCAAAGGGGCCAGCAGCCGAAAGGAGGUCGCGGAAGAAAACAGCAAUAUCAGCAGCAACAUCAGCAGCGCGAGAAUCAAGAUAGCAUAGAGCAAGUCCCACUCUCGGCAGAUCAAGAAGCUUUCGCGCGACAGGUGCUGCAGCAGAUCCAGAAGGAACACGAGGAAAAGGCGCAGUUCUUGAAGGAGGAGCGUGUAAAAGAGUUCGCCAGAUUGAACGAGGAGCAGAAGGCACUCGAGAGGAAAACGCGGCUGCAGCAGGAGGCUCUUCAAAGAGAACAAGAGCUGUUGCGGCAAAAGGAAGCCGAGAAGAAACGAAAGGAAUUAGAGAGGCUGGAGGAAAUGGCAAGACAACGAGAAUUGGAACGGAUUCGCGAGGCCAGAGAGAAGCAGAGGCAAGAAGAGCUUGAACGACGGCGACUCGCCGAGCUCCGCACGAAAGAGGAGAAACGCCGUGAAGACGAAGCCAGGCAGCGCGAAGAAAGGCAGAAACUGAAUCUGGAACAGCUGAAGCAGCAGACUAUCCUGGAGAGUCAACAACAGGAGCAUCAGUUACAAUCUACCAGACCCGGCUUGGGCCAAUUGCAGGAAAACGGUCAGGAGGAACGGCCUCAAGGAUUGAUCCGAGAACAAGUGCAUCGUCAACAACUCACUGACGGCACGAGGCCCAAGAGGAUUCGCGGUAGACAACGUCAAAGAGUCAACCAGUAUCAAGAACAACCUAAUUAUCCCGAGCCAACGACUACACCGUCUCCCAAUCAACCUCCUCUCUCUGUUUAUAUGGGCAGUGCUACUUCCAAGCCGGAGACAAUCAAAGUCACUGAUGUUUUGAGAAUCUUGAGGCAUGCGAAAACCAUCGACGUAUUAGACAAUGUCGGUCCAGACUCACCACGAGUCUUCGUAGGCCCAUCCAAUCUGGACCCUCCUUACGGUUAUGUCAAGUUCGACCUUCCCUACCUGUCAUCGAUCGAUCAUAACAGGGUCGAACGUAAAGUGGACAAGCUACCUUUCUUCGUAGCUCCAUUGAGCUUCGAUCCGCCGCCAGGUUACUCUAAGAUUCCUUUCCCAGCGCCGCAUAUCGGCUCUGUCGUUGUCAACACGUUAUCGGAAACAUCUCCGGAGCUGGUCACACCGCCAACCGAACCAAAUCCCAGCCCGACGCCGCUGAUCGAACCGAAUUCUUACAGCGACGCCGACCAAAUUGCCGGCUCUGUAGCUACUACAACGUCUUAUGAAUCACCGACUACUCAAAGUUUCAACCUGGAAUCUAGCGGUCCUAAGUACGAGACUACUUAUUCGACACCGGCUUCGGGAUCGAGGUUUAGGUUUAGGCAGUUCUACGACAAUAAACCAACUUCCGUGGUCAGCUCGUCGUAUUACAACGAACAGUCUACCACGAAAACGAAGCCGAAGACAAAGCAAUAUUACGAACACGAACCCAAAGCGACCACUCAGUCGCCCAAAGUUGAUAUUACGACCAGUUACAGGCAGGAAGUGUCUUAUUCCAACGCACCUAAUUUCCAAGACCGAACGGUAGGCUUGCGCGAUCCGUCCACGAAGGAGCAAAAUUUGGCAGCUCAAUUGGCACUCAUCAAUCAAGAACUCGACCAGCAAAGGGAGUCUCAAAAAUACAACACCGCCGAACAGUAUCGUCCUCAAGCUAACUUGGCUGAAGCAUACGACGUUAAUGACGUUAGAGCGCCAGUCGGACCGGCACAAUACAAUUUACCGGUGGAAUUACCGCCGAUAUCACCGCAUCUGCCCGGCCUGGUGAAUUCCUUGUUGGAUAAGCAAGAGGGAAAUCUGCCUGUCACAUCGACACCACCACCGACCACCACCACUACGACACCAUUAACGACGAGUGCUCGCGUGAGCUCCACAACUUACAGGCAGAGAGGCAGAAACAGAGUCGUACCUACGAAAGUUAGAACGACUCCGGUUCCUAGCAGGACAAACACGGAUAGAACCCGUAGACCGUACAACAGAUCGAAAUCGAGAUUCUCGACCACUACGGAAGAUUACCAAGAAUCUUCUUACGAACCAACGAAAGCGAAAACACCGGAAACCACGCAGAAAUAUAAAACGGUAGAACAUAGGAGACCAACGUCUAGGACACACAAAUAUAGGAAUCGAGACAGAACGAGUCCUCCUCAAUCUGCGGUUCCUGAUAGAAACCCGAAUCAAACUCAACAAGAAGCCGCCUACGAGAAUUAUUCGACACAGAACGACUCGCAGAGUGAGCCGCAGAUUAAUGCAUCUCCAGACGCGUAUUCGCCAAUGAACAUACCCGCCUCCAAUCUCCAUCAGAAAGAGAUCUCGUCGCACGGGGCGGUGGGCGAUUUCAUUCGCGAAAGUUAUCUGCCGACAACACCCACGCAAACCGAAAACUACCUCUUGCGCGAAGUAAUAGUCCAACAUGAUGCAGAUUUGGUGUCCGACGAUUAUUCCAGGAAUCAAAAUUAUCCGCAAAAUCGGCCGCAGGAAGCGCACUAUCAUGGCGCUUUCGAGCAACUCGAGAAGACCCCCGUGAACGGAUUCAAUUAUCAAAUUGGAAACGACAAGUCGCCAGACCAGGCGAUUCCCCAAAGACCCAAGGAAUAUUCGCGUUAUCAGGUCAAGUUGGAGGACGCUAAUUAUAAUCUACCGAACACGGAGGGUUCGCAAAUCAGACCCGACGAGGAGCAACGAUAUUCGCCAAUCUAUGAAGUCAACGUGGCGCAAUCUCAGCCUCAGGAUUACAGCACCGACGGACAGAAUCUGAUCCGCGAACAGAUCUCGCCAUCCGAGGACGGCAAGAUCGAAAAUACCGCAGUAAAGAUCGACCCGAAUGAUCCGCCGAUUUUUGUCCCGCUUCAGCAGAGCAAGCAAGAGGAUUAUGAAUUGCAUAUUCCUCCUACGCAGGCACCACUUAUCGAAAUUACCACGACUAGUACGACCACUCCGGCGCCCGUGAUAAUACGUCAACGAGUCCGAGGUCGACUAGGUGGUCGUGGUCAUCACGACUCCGCGAUCCAGACGCGACCCCGGGGUUCUCAGGACGAGUACGUUCGUUUCAAUGCAGUAAAUCAUGAUUCCAGUCGCGGCUCAAGUCACAGAAUACGCGAGGGAUUGAGGACGAGGACGCGCGUACGCCCGCAAAGUCAUGGGUCGCAGGUACAGACUGAGGGUAACGAAUACAUCAAGAUACAUACCGCGCAGCAGCAAAGGUUGAUCGCCACUACGACACCGCCGACUACAACCACCAUCGCGACCACGAGUGUACACCCAUUGGAAGAAGAUGUUGAUUACGGAUUCAUAAGAGCACCGAACUUCCGUCCGGUGCAGCAGGUGCAUCCGGCACAUCCAGUGGACACUAGAUUCCAAGCGCCCAUCACGUAUAGACCUCCUUUGUCUGAGAUACAACAUAUAAUCUCCAAUGACGAAACGACGGUGGAGUCGAGCCCCGCUCACGUUCUGAAAAAUCGUCCGAAAUAUCAACAGACUCCGAAUCGCCGACCUGCUACGAAAACGACAACGAGCACGACGACAGAAGUCAUACCCGUCGCGACGACGAUGUUGGACAACACGGUAUAUACGGUGAAGCCAAAACCGAGACCGGAGGAGUCAAAGACGACGAGAGUGCGUGGGCGUGUUCGCCGACCAGGUAAAAAGCGCACCACGACCACAACAGAAUCCGUACUCGAGGCAAAUAAUGAGUUGCCGCUGGAUGAGAAUUAUCCGCGAAUCACGUCACAACAGUUCGUCACGGUCACGGAGACCGGAGGCCAGCAAACUCUUUAUGAGGACGACUUCGAGGUUCCGUCACAAUACGUACCUAGUCAGAAUCGACCAACUCCUCAGCUUUACGAGGAGACGACCGGCGAAAAUUAUCCACCUCAGGAGUUUAUCCUGAAUUUCGAUAAUCUGCCUGAACAAGCGUCGCAGCGAGAGAAAUACGAUCAGACCCAGCUGGCCAGUAGCUCGUCGGGAAAGUAUAGCCACUCGAGUCGCGUGAAUCCAACGGAGAACGCGAACAUGCACUCUGCGGGCGAUAUUUACGGUUCCGAAAGCCAAUGGUCCACGAAAUUGUCCAAAACGUCGUUUCAACCGAGUUUCGCGUCGAAUCACGCGGCUAAUGGCGGCAAGAGAACUCGCGGCAGGACCCAUGACGAUCGGAAUGACGAGAAUGCGCCUGAGAUCAUUACAGCUGGACCGGAUGUGUCUUUCGUGACGAUGGUAGUUUCGUCCGAUUAUCAGAAGCACACAGACAGUGCCGGUGACGUGGAUACGAUGGAGACCGCCAUUUUCGGAAGAAAGACGAACGUACAAGAACGUACAGGGAAUGUUACGACUGCCAUGGCAAGUUCAUCGAUAAGGGCACUUCAUGAUAUAAUUCAGAGUGAAGAAGACGUGUUGUCGGAAGCACGAAACUGGGUGGGAAAUAAAGAAAGUAACAUCGCGAAACAGACAGAUGAUAUCGCGGAAACGACGAAGAAAGUUACGAAACCCCUUCCCAAUAAAAAGGGAGGAACUCGCAGGAGAAGAGUCCGCCUGCGAGUAAGACCUGCUGUGGACGAUUUCGUCACCGCCGAAUCACAACAUUUUAACUCCGCGGUGAAUAGCUUGGUUCAAGAUCGAUAUAAAUAUAAUCCGAUUCGCGAGUCAAAAUUUACCACUGCCCAACCGAUCGCAACGACCAUCACUACGACUUCCACAACUGCAGCACCGGCAACGCAAACAUUGCUGCUGCAGGAUUUCCUGGAAGAGAUGCUGAAGAAUAGCGAAGUCUCUGUUCUGUCACACGUUACGUCCGUCACAACCGAAUUCCCUGUGUGGACGAUGUCAGCGCCGAUAACAACGACUUAUUCGGAUAACGAUGAAGUUUCGACUCUGAAGGAGAACACUCCGAUUAUAAUGACGAUGAUACCGUACAUUGAUAAUGAGCAUAUCACGACGACGGACGGAAAUUCAGCGAAAAACGAACUCGAUCAAGCGACAUCGCUUUCCCCUGAACAAAUUUCCCAAUUGUCACAAGAAGAAAUCAAGGAUUCAGCAGAAGAGAAGUCGGAAGAGUAUCGACCAGAGAAUUUUCAAGAUGACAAGAUCGAACAGGGUGACCUGGAGAAUGUCGGCAUAAUUACACAACGAUACAAACUGCCGUCGAACUAUCACGACGGCUCGGAAACGUCGAAGCAAGUCGAAGACAAUACAACGGAACUUUCGACUUCGCGAGACAAAGGGAAAGAGCACAUAAUGACAUUGAAAAGGCUGGAGGAGAAUGUCGAGGAGAAUGAAGCACACCCCAAAAACCACAAGACCAAGUGGAGUGAGGUGAGAUACCCAUCGGUCUUCGACAAGUCGCAAUCUGCGUUGAAGCAGCACUCCACAACGUCCAUCCCAGGCUACACCGUGCGAAACGACGGCGAGACCAGCGUAAAAACACUCUCGGACUACGUGGCUGCCAUCUUCGACAGUAUGAAAAGUGCCGAUGGCCAAGGGAUGGAGGAGGAGGAGAUCACAAAGGUGGUUGAAGCGAAGGUGGACGAAAUCCCUGCGGAAAAUUCUUACAGAUUCAACGAUGUCGCCUCGGUGCGCGAGAUAAACGCGAAGGAGAUCGAAAAGAGCACUCCGAAGGCCGUCACGACCACUGAUUCUUCGCGAGACAUUCACACGACACAGCGUGUCGACCCUGAAGAGGACGCGACGAGUUUUCCGGAAGUACAGAGCGCUACGGAGACGACGACGAGGGAGAGCGUAACGAUACUCGAGGACACCGCAAUGACCUUGAACGCCACCAUGAACGCGGACAUGCUACCCGAGAAAACCACCACGACGAACAGUUCUAUGACCGCCACGUCCACUGAGAAACCAACUACGUCGCUCAAUCGAACGAUAGAUAACAUGGAUCAAGUAAAUUCUACGAUAAAGAUGCUGGGCAAAGUCUUGAGAACCUCGACCACUACCAAGGUGUCUCACAUGACGGAGAUCUGUUACAGGGGUCGAUGCGUGAUGACGAGACCGAAGAUGGAGGACGCCACGAGAUGAGGAGAAGAAUCGGAACUAACGCGCGAUACAGUCACAUCGAAAGUGCCGAGGGAGAAAUUAAGCAAUGAAUUAUGCGAACAAGAAUCCAACGAACCGGAUCUCACUGAAUGGAGAUUGAUUUUUAAAAAUUGAAUUUCGUAUCAUCCGAUUAGAGUUUCUUCCCUUAUCAAUCGAAAUCAGUUCUCUUAUCAGUCGCAAAUUUCCUGCCGAAAUUCAUCAAUCGUCGAAAUUGCAAUCACUUAACAUUGCGCGCUUAUCUAAUCGCAGAGACCGAAAGUACCAUUUUUACACCGUGGAAGAUAUCGAUAUUUCGUCCAAAGUAUCAGGCGGAUUACGAUUCAAAACGGUUCGAAACGAUUACGCACCGAGUCUUCGCUUAGCACACAUCGUACAUACGUAGACGUAAGUUUGAUCAAUCUGUUCUCCGAGUACUCUCGUUUAGAGGAGGGAUGUUUCACCACGGCUGGGUAUUGUUCAAGGUAACGUAACGAGGAAAGUGCGUCGGGAGAAUUAAGGGAAAAAAAAUAUCCACAGGAUAUCACUCGAAAGAAGGGUUAUCCCCUUCCGGUAAGGAGAUUUCACGCUAUUGGCGGCAAAUCGAUCGUCCUCUGACGCGCGCUUAUAUAAAGAAGAUGCCGAGGGAGCGUGUGUGCUGGUGCCCUUUCCAAACGAGAUCGAAAUACGGAGGUUCGUGCCGCGUGUUCUGUCAGUGCGAACGUAUCGCGUGGAUAGAAACCGCGUGUGCUUCGUAUUGCUUUCGACUAUAGAGAGCUAAGUCUAUUUAAUUUAAUUACAUACAUCGCCCCGUGUAGUAUACGUGUAAGUUAUAAACGUGUAAGUAUUUUAAUAAAGAUUUGCGAGGA